UAGGUAAGAGUUUCAACACUUUCCUCGUAACUUCGCUAGGGCUCUGUAGACUUUUCGCCCUUUCUCAGCAUAAUGACCCCCAGCCCCCCCAACUUGCAACAUUAGGUGGGUUGACUAAUUACAUUUAAGCUGUAAUAUAUUUAAAGGAGAAAAACAGUUGAAAUGCGUGCCUCACUGCCGCACUUCACCUGUAAUCUCACCUGUAAUGUAAACACACAACCAGGAAGGGUUUUUUUCAGGAGUCUCAUGACGGUGACGUCACGCGGAUUGCUGACUACAGAUUUAUUGUCCGGAUUAAUUGACCUGAAAACAAACUUCCAGAGCUGCUGAAAAUGCUCCGUCUCCUCUGCUGUUGCUGCUUCUCCAGUGAUAACUCCAACAACGAAAGGCAGCCCCUGCUGUACUCCAAACCCACAUCUGAAGUGAAUGGACCUGAAUCAGCCAGGCAGGCCCGGCCAGCACACAGUGAUCUGCAGACCGUGAGGCGGAUGGGGAAAUUGCUGAUGCGGCGAGUGAAUGUGCCAGAGCUGGAUUGUAGAUUUGAAGAUGUGGCGGAGACCUUCAACGAGCAGCAAGAAAGAUAUGAGGCCAUGGUCCGUCACAUCACAAACCUGCAAAAGAGCUGUGGCUGUGCAAAUAUUGGUAGCUCUGCUUUGGCUGAAUCUGUGAGGAAGAUCAGAGAGGAACAUGAGACAACAUACAGGGUUUCCAUCAAGAUGAAAGGCUAUGAUUUCUCCAUGGAUCUGGUUUGUGUGCGUUCAGAGAGUAAAAACAAUAAGAAACCACUUCCACCAGCUCUGCUGUUGGCUCAGAAUGAAGUCAAAGGCACUUCUGAGAGCGCUAAAGCCACCAUCUCAAAGGGGACCACACUUCAAGAGCUAAUUGGGUGGCUGCUCCGUAGCCAGGAUCAAAUGUCUGAGCAAGUGAAGAGGAAAGCAGAAACUUACCAAGAGCAGGGAAGACUGAAUCAGAACCUGGAGGAGAACAUGAAGGAAGUCAGGAGGGCAAAAGAGUUAUCGCAAGGAUACAGGAAACAGGCAGGGGAAGUUCUCAUUGAGGCUGCACAGAUAGCAGGGGCUCAUCUGUAGUUCACGCACAUUUAAAAGGAAUAUGAUUGAAUAUUCAUGCAGGUUGUACACACAUUUUAGUAAGUUUGGGUUAAGAAGAUGUUUGCCUUGUAGCCAGCCUGUCUGUCACAACUGAUGUGGGACAUAAAAAAAUGUUUUUGUUCCUGCUAAACAAGCCAGUCACAAACCCACUAACGUUUUUUUUUCUUUUUAGCACAGGUUUUCUAAAUAUCAUAUUGUGUAAUCUGAAUUAAUAUGUGUAAGAACCAACACCAUGACUGUUAGAUGUGUCACUUUUUGAGACCUUAUGUUUGUUACAAUUUUAUGAAGGCUUUUAGUCAAUACUUAAGAGAUAAAUGUAUUGGGUGUUUGAUUUAGAAAAAAGUGAGAACAUUUCAUCUCUGAUCCAAGACAACUAUUCAAACUGAACUGGCAAAAAGGUCCAGACUUUAUUUUUGGGGUACAUCCACGAUCUGGAUGACUGUGUAUAUACACAGACAUUUUGCACACUGGGCCUUUACCUGGUAGGUUUGUAAAAUAAUAUAAUUUACUGGGAUACAUGUAACUUAACCAGAUAACAGAAGGUGGCGCUGCAGUCCCACUUUCUUUCUCUAGUGGUUAUUCGUGUCAUAUUACUUUGUGCAAUUUCAAGUGGACCUUAAGAGACAAACUUGACACAGAUAUUAUUAAACCCAUAACCCAACUA